AUGUGUUUAUUUUCUUCAACAUUGUAUGUUUUUAGAGAUAAUUGGGGUCGAAAAUGGUGCCAUGUAGUGGCUAUGGAUGCGAUUUAUUUUCGUAAUUCAUCAAUCCAAUACGAUAUGAAAUUCAUAAAUCGUGAAUUGAUCAAAGCAUAUACAUGUUUUCGCCCUAGAAAAACCGCAACAACAGAUGAGGUCUUGUUUGGUACUGCUACCGGAAACUGGGGUUGUGGUGCAUUCAAUGGUGAAAAACAGCUGAAAGCAAUUAUUCAACUCAUGGCUGCUUCUGAAGCCAGACGUCCAUUAAUCUAUGCAGCUUUCGGUGAUAUAAACUUGGUUAACUCAUUUUUUGAAGUUUAUGAUUACUUGGAUAAACAAAAUGCAACAGUAUGA